AUGGACUUUGCAAUCAGGAACUUGUCUUCCAAUGGAUUACAAGGGGAGAUUUCUCCUUCUCUGUCAAAUCUAACAAUGAUACAGACAUUGGAUUUAUCAAACAACAACUUAAGAGGAUCAAUUCCAGAAUUUUUGUCACAAAUGCCGACGUUAAAUGUCUUAAAUUUGGAGAAUAACAACCUCACAGGCUCAAUUCCGGCGGUACUCAUUGACAGAUGGAAGGAUGGUUUCAUAUCAAUAAGUUUGUGCGAAAAUCCAAACCUAUCCGGAAAUGUUUCUUGCGACAAGAAGAAGAACAAGAAGUACAAUUUUUUUGUUCUGAUGAUGAUUGUUUCGGUUGUUGCACUGUCAGUCCUCUUACUAAGUGCAGCAGCUAUCUGGUGUCGGGCUGCUUCUAAAAGGAAAAGGCGACUUGGAAAUAGCACAGAUGCAAAUGUAGCCAUUCAGCAUGGGUCAUUUGAGCGAAAAGGGAGACGGUUUACGUACUCUGAGAUAGUACAGAUUACAGAGGAAUGCAAGAGGGUUCUUGGAAAAGGCGGCUUUGGAACAGUUUAUCACGGCCACAUAGACGACACUCAGGUAGCUGUCAAGAUGCUUUCACCGUCAUCAGUGCAAGGGUUUCAGGAAUUUCUCACAGAGGUUGAUCUUCUUAUGAGAGUUCAUCAUAGAAAUUUGACAAGUCUUGUUGGAUAUUGCAAUGAUGAAACCAACAUAGGCCUGAUCUACGAGUACAUGGCCAAUGGAAACCUGCGAGAACAUCUUUCAGGUAGCAGAUCAAAUAUCUUGAGUUGGGGAGAUAGAGUUCAAAUAGCAAUAGAAGCCGCACAAGGUCUUUUUGUCUGGAUUUUGAAAACAAGACUGGAGUAUCUGCACUAUGGCUGCAGUCCGCCUAUAAUCCACAGGGAUGUGAAAUCAACAAACAUCUUGCUGAAUGAAAAAUUCGAAGCCAAACUCUCUGAUUUUGGCAUAUCCAGAAGUUUCCCUACAGAGGAUGGAACGCAUAUAACAACUGAUGCCGUUGGCACUCCCGGGUACCUUGACCCUGAGUAUUACGCAUCAAACAGAUUGAAUAAAGAAAGUGAUGUUUAUAGCUUUGGGAUUGUACUGUUGGAGAUUAUCACAAGUCGACCUGUUUUUUCUAGAACGCAUGAGCGGAGUUACAUCAGUGAAUGGUUCAGUUUCAUGCUUCAAAAAGGAGACAUUUACAGUCUUGUUGAUCCGAGGUUAGAAGGAAAAUUCAAUAUUAACUCAGUCUGGAAAGCUGUGGAAAUAGCAAAUGCAUGCGUAUCUCCAACUGCCAUCGAAAGGCUAAGCAUGAGUCAGGUAGUGGCGGAUCUAAAGGAGUGCUUGGCAACAGAAGUCGCUCGAGCAAACCCGAGGCAUGAAACUGAAACAAAAAAUUCCAUUGCUAUGCUACACCCCUCACUUAGGUAGUAGUACUAAAUAUCUCAACCAAAUAUAUAAAGAGAGAGUUUGGGAUGCAUUAUUUUCCUCUUUGUAAUAAAUACCGUAGUCUUUUUUAUGGACUGCAACUAUUUCAUAAUCACAUGACGUGCGUCUUUUCGUGAGAAAGGCGAAAAUGAAGAUGUGAUCUAAACAACUAUUAUGUUGUUUGCCAUUGAAGGUCCUAGCGAUUAAGGAUUAAGUUUAAAUCAACUUCAAGUAGUUAAUGAUUGGUAUCAAGAGAGUUUAUUUA